AUGAUGGGAAGCAGUGAGUUGAUAGUGGUGGUGUUCGAUUGGGUCUCGUUUGUGGCCAUGGUACCUCAGUACGUCUAUCGUUAUAGCGCAGAGCUCAGUGCCGAAUUGGUGCAGCUGCGCAGACACGAGGAGGAUCGCCAGAGGCUCUUGGAGCUGAUGGCUCAAUUGUGCCGAAACAGUGGGGGACUGUACUAA